GGCGGAAGCGUGAGGGACCGAGCAGGGAACAGGGGCUGGCGGCGGGAGCGGGCUGGCGCCGCCGGAGCAGCCGUGCCGGAGGACGGGAGACGCGGCUGUCACCACGGAGCCCGCCGGCGCUAACACGGCGGCGAACGCCGCUUCACGGCCUGGGGGCGCCGGGGACCAAGCAACCUCGCUGCCCCCGCCCCCGCCGAGGAUGCCGCGCAGGAAGAGGAACGCAGGCAGCAGCUCAGACGGGACGGAAGACUCGGAUUUCUCCACCGACCCGGAGCACACAGACAGCUCGGAAAGCGAUGGCACCUCACGACGCUCUGCCCGCGUAACCCGCUCCUCGGCCAGGCUCAGCCAAAGCUCUCAAGAUUCCAGCCCAGUUCGUAAUCCACCGUCAUUUGGAGCAGAAGAGCCCGUCUAUUCUACGAGGAGGGUAACUCGCAGCCAGCAGCAGCCCACUCCUGUGACUCCAAAGAAAUACCCGCUCCGGCAGACUCGUUCAUCUGGAUCAGAAACUGAGCAAGUGGUUGACUUCUCUGACAGAGACACUAAAAAUGCAGCGGAUCACGAUGAGUCUCCACCUCGUACCCCCACCGGGAAUGCCCCUUCCUCAGAGUCUGAUAUUGAUAUCUCCAGUCCAAAUGUAUCCCAUGAUGAGAGCAUUGCCAAGGACAUGUCCAUGAAGGAUUCUGGAAGUGACCUGUCUCACCGCCCUAAGCGCCGCCGCUUCCAUGAAAGCUACAAUUUCAACAUGAAAUGUCCCACUCCUGGUUGUAACUCUUUAGGCCACCUAACUGGAAAACACGAGCGACACUUCUCCAUAUCAGGAUGCCCGCUGUAUCAUAAUCUCUCAGCAGAUGAGUGCAAGGUGCGAGCACAGAGCCGAGAUAAACAGAUUGAGGAGAGGAUGCUGGCCCAUCGGCAGGAUGACAACAACAGGCAUGCCACCAGACACCAGGCACCAACCGAGAGACAGCUUCGGUACAAAGAGAAAGUAGCUGAGCUCAGGAAGAAGAGGAACUCAGGAUUAAGCAAGGAGCAAAAAGAAAAAUACAUGGAGCACAGACAAACGUAUGGCAAUACUAGGGAACCUCUACUUGAAAACCUGACUAGUGAAUAUGACCUUGAGCUUUUCCGAAGAGCACAAGCACGGGCAUCUGAGGACCUGGAAAAGUUGCGGCUCCAGGGCCAGAUCACAGAAGGCAGCAAUAUGAUUAAAACAAUUGCUUUUGGCCGUUACGAACUGGACACGUGGUAUCAUUCUCCCUACCCAGAGGAGUACGCCCGCCUGGGCCGUCUCUACAUGUGUGAAUUCUGUCUCAAAUACAUGAAGAGCCAGACAAUACUGCGCAGACACAUGGCAAAAUGUGUUUGGAAACAUCCACCGGGUGAUGAAAUCUACCGCAAAGGCUCCAUUUCAGUUUUUGAAGUUGAUGGGAAAAAGAACAAGAUCUACUGUCAAAACCUGUGUCUGCUGGCAAAACUUUUCUUGGACCAUAAAACACUGUAUUAUGAUGUUGAACCCUUCCUGUUCUAUGUCAUGACAGAAGCUGACAACACUGGCUGUCACCUGAUAGGAUAUUUCUCCAAGGAGAAGAAUUCUUUUCUCAACUACAAUGUUUCUUGUAUCCUGACAAUGCCUCAGUACAUGAGGCAAGGUUACGGCAAAAUGCUCAUUGAUUUCAGCUAUUUGCUUUCUAAAGUAGAAGAAAAAGUUGGCUCUCCAGAACGCCCUCUGUCUGAUCUGGGUCUCAUCAGCUACCGUAGUUACUGGAAGGAAGUUUUGCUUCGUUACCUGCAUAAUUUCCAAGGAAAAGAGAUCUCUAUAAAAGAAAUCAGCCAGGAGACCGCUGUAAACCCCGUCGACAUUGUUAGUACACUGCAGGCACUUCAGAUGCUGAAGUACUGGAAGGGAAAACACCUGGUCCUAAAAAGACAGGAUCUGAUUGAUGAAUGGAUAGCCAAAGAGGCAAAAAGAUCCAACAGCAAUAAGAUAAUGGAUCCCAGCUGUUUGAAAUGGACCCCUCCUAAGGGAACUUAACUGCCUGUCACUCCUGAAGCCAGUGAACCCCAGCAGUAGGAAAUACCCUAGGGAUCUCUGUUGUAUCUGUUGCUGUUGUGAUUGGCUGGUACAGUACCCUCCCGAAAGAUCAGUUCCCCUUGGUACUGUUCUGGCCCAGAUCUUUUGUGCACACCACAGGCGCUAGUUCUGAGGAACUUUAUGUUUCGGCCUCAAUGAGGUUGCAAGGAUUGGAUCUGUAUAGGACCCAAACAAAGCUCCUAGCAGCACUGGCCCAAGGAGUUCUGAUAUCUGGUACUGUACCUGUCCAGUCACUGGUCUUACCCUCGCGUUCUUAUUCCAAUGAGGUUGUGUUGUGUCCUGUAAUCUGGUUGUUUUCUCCUUCAGGUUCCUUGCUUUGUACGUAACGGAGAUAACUUCUGUGGCUUUUGAACAAGGUCUAAUAGUGCUUGUUUGGGGGAAGUCUGGUUUUCUAACAAGCUGCAAUUACACUGACUUCAGCAUUUUAACUAGUCCUGCCUGAGGGACUGUUCCAUUCCGUAUAUCAGAUAGUUUUAGUAAGGUAAUACGUCACCUCUUUCAGCAGUGUUUUCCAUAUGAUAUAGCAGGUCUUCACAUAGAUAAUAUUGUGCAGUCAGAAGCUUACAUAUCUUGUAACUGAGUGGUGUGAUUGUUAAUGUUAACCCCACAGGAGUCAAGGCUAAGUGUCUGAGAACAUCACAGUCACCUGCUUCAUGGAGUUGCUCUUGGUACGGGCUCCUGGAGCUACCACAGUACCACAUCUGUUGGAGAGACCUUUCAUUACACGUUGCUGCUUUCCUGGUUUCUCUCUUAGAGUUGGUGGGUUCCUUUACACAGAAAUAGCCCCUUUCAGUAUAUUUCACUGGAGAUAUUUUUUUUCCCAGAAUGGUCUUCCUUGAGUCAUACUUCUCUUCCUACUGGAGAGGAUUUUUUCCUCUAGACUAAAGAAAUAAAAUCUUAACUAUAGAUAGAUAUUUGAUAGCCUUGUCCAAACAGCCACAGAAACUCUGAAACACAAAUAUUGUCAGUUGUUGGAUUGCCUACAGUGUACGUUCUGUGCAUCAGCGGCAGCUCCAGUAAGCUACGUGGAUGGUUUGCUUCUCUGACAGUGCAUCCUUGUUUGUCUGUGUAAAACAAAAAAGCUUUUACUUCCUCUGUCCCAUCAGCACCACUGGAAGAAACUAUUGUACAAUGGCUUUCAAGUAUAACCACUGUCCUUGUGCCACAAGUUUGCUAUAUGGCUCCAAUGGGAUUAAAAGUAGGGGGGACACAGACGUGGAGUAGAAGAUGGCAGCAUCACGUAGUGCCAAUUUCCUUUGAACUUCCAGUGCUUUCUCACUGAAUGGUGACUGAAGUGAAGCACUUGCAGUGUACCGGUAGGUAGGAGCCGUUUCCUGUUAACCACUGACCCAUCCUUAUGUGGAAAAGUUCUCUAUCGCCCUUCUGAUGGUUGUCUGCCUUUCUCUGCCUCCCUUUAAAAAAAAAAAGAAAAAAAAAAGAAGAAAAAAAGAAGAAAAAGGAAAAGGAGAAAAAAAAAAGAUCAUCAGUACAUGAUGUAUACUUUGUGGGCAUUACUGAAUUUUGCUGUUUCAUGCCCUUUGCUCUUGUAUUGUAACUAACUCCAGAUACUCAUAAAACUAUCCAACAAAGUAGAUCUCUUGUGGAGUAGGGAAGAAGGCCAUUCUCGUGCAGAAGCUAAACCCUGUUCCCAUGAUGUGGUAGAAUGUGCUAUUCUUGUAUCUACUUCUCAAUAAAGCAUGUUCUCUGCUCA